UUUAGAAAAAAAGAAAAAAGAAAAAAGGAGGAGAUGGGGAAAGAGGAGGAGCCGGAGAUUGAGAGGCUUCCAGUGGAUAUCCUGGAAUUCAUCUUCUCUCUUAUUCCCUCUUUCAGCGAAUUGGCACAAGCGAGCGCGGUUUGUAGGAAGUGGAAGCGAGGGGUGGAGCAGUCUCUGGCUCAGAGAGAGAGGCUUAGUCUCUCUGGAUUCAAUGUUGAUGAUGAUAUCGCCGCGCGAAUCGUUCAUGGCGCUUAUGGGUUGAAGGAACUCGAUAUUUCUCGUAGUUGUUGGCGUUGCAAUUUAACUGACGAAGGAUUAUACAAGAUAUCUUUGGCAAAAUGUGUUGGCAAUUUGACAUCUAUAUCCAUGUGGGGUAUGGCACGAAUCACUGAUAAAGGUGUAAUUCCGUUGGUUUCAGAAGCCACUUCCCUUCGUCACCUGAAUGUUGGUGGUACAUUUAUUACAGAUGAAUCUUUAUUUGCAAUUGCAAAUAGUUGUCCGCAUUUGAAGGCUAUUGUUCUUUGGAGCUGUCGCCAUGUUACAGAGACCGGACUCAUCAUGCUUGUAAAUAAAUGUCGCAAGCUUGAAUCAAUCAAUGUAUGGGGGAUGCGUGUACCAAGAAAUUUCUUUUUAGACCUGAUUGCAAUUAGUCCUGCUCUGCAGAUAAGGCCACCAUCACUGCAUCCAAAGAUAGUGAGAAUGUGGUCUAUCCCCCAAAUCAGCAAUAUCUAAUUGCUUGUGAUUAUAUAUAUCCUUAAUUUAUAUACUGAAUAAAAGGUGUUGUAUCUAAGAUUGAAAUCUUGUACAUAACACAAAGAAUUGAAACAAUAAUAUGCAAGCUUGUAUAUAAUGAAGAGACAACCGCUCCCAAUGUAAUUAUUAUUAUUAUUUUUCUAGUU